AUGUCAGAUAAGGAAGUUGAGCUCACAGAAGAACAACUUAAAGAACAAAAACUAGAAGCUGCUAGAAAAAAAAAUAAGGGUAAAAAGAAGAAGUCAAAGAAGACAAAGAAGGGUGAUGAUAAUGAUGAUAGCAAAGACGUUAGUGUUGAACCUACUGAAGAAUCCGUUGGAUCUACAGAAAACGUUGCUAAGGAAGAAUCCACUGUUGAUGAAGCUAAAGAAGAGACUAAUGUUGAUGAAUUGGAGAAGGAAACUACAGAUAAAGAUGAUGUGAAAGAAGAAAAGGAAGAGAAGGAAGAACAGGAAGAAAAAGAAGAAAAAGAAGAAAAAGAAGAAUCCAAUACUGAAAUUGAAGAAAAACUAGCUGCAGAUAUCGAAGGUAUACAAUUAAGUAACAAAGAGGGUUCUGAAAUUACUUCAAAUGAAAAAGAAAAUAAGGAUGACUCUGCAUCAAAUGUAGAUGUUCCAUCCUCUGGUGAGCAAAAACAAGAACUUGAAGAAUCAAAAUCAAAACAACAAACUGCUGCUGAUGAUUUAUUCCCCGAAGAAGGUCCUUCAUUCAUGGAUACCAUUAAACAAGCACAAGCCGAUGAUACCCUUGAGAAAACACAAUUGGAAAAUAAUACUUUGAAAGCAGAUUUGGAAAAAGUUAAGAAGGAAAAUAAAGAAUUAAAGUUAUUGAAAUUAGAUCACUUAGAGCAAAUAGAAACAUUAGAAGCAAGAGUCGCAGAUUUAGAAGCUAAGCUAGCUAAAGCAAAAGUUGAUUCUUCAAGAUCGGUUCCAACAAAUCAUUUGACUACAGGAUAUGUAUACGACCAAGAUGAAACGUUAUCUUUAUCUCCAACACCUUCUUCUCAACAACCCUUCUCAACCACGUUUAGUCAAUUUAAACCUCAUCAUAAUAAUGAAAGUCAAUUAAGUCUUGGAGAAAUAAAGGCUAAGUUGAGUAAAUGGAAAGGUUGGAAUAUUGAUAUGACAAAUUGGAGAAGUGUUGGUAGUGGACCAAUUGUUGAAUUAUGA